AUUACUCAAAUCAUGUUUCACUUUAGGAUUUUCUUUUUCUCUCUCAAAUCAUGGACAUCGACAACGACAUCUCAGGGUGGAUUCUUGAAUUCAUCCUCCGGCAAUCGCUCGACGAUGCAACGCUGACGGCUCUUAUUCGUGUGCUCCCAGCUCCUCUGAACUACAAUCGGCGUCUAGCGAAAAUAGUCCUUCUAAGAGAAAUCGAGUCAAAUAUUUCAAACGGUUCCGUUUCUGAGAAAACAGUCGGUCUCCUUGAAAAAUACGAGGAGAUAGAUUUUCAGGAAGGAAUCAAAGCUUCGGAAGCUUUGAGGGAAGCGUAUUGUGCUGUGGCAGUGGAUUGCACUGUGAGGGUUUUGAAGAAUGGCAGUGAGGAGAGUGUUAAAGCUGAGUAUUUAGAUGCCGUGAAGAGAAUAUGGAGCCGCAGGAUAUGUAGAAUGGAAAAGGAGGAAAGCGCAGGUCUUUUGUCCGAGGAUUUGUUAGAAUGGAGAGAACUAAUUGAGACAACUGCCUGGGAAGACAUUGAUUUUGAUAAUGUGAUGAGAGUGAGUGAAGCGCUUGAUGCUGUUGGGGCUGUGAAAGUGUUUGUUAAGGAAGCAAUGGAGAAAAUGGGCCCUUCAUUUCUGGAAUACAUGGCUGAGACUCUUGGGAGAGAGAAUAACAGUAGGGAGUCUCUUCUAUCACAGAAUGAAGAAGACCAGGGCCAAAUUGCAGGGAAGGUCUCAGCUUUGCCAAGUUAUGCCCAAAUGCCUACCCAUCCAAACAAUGACACAGGUAGUUUGGUAUUUUUAUCUCAUUUCUCUACAAGAAGUGGUGAUUAGAUGCAUAGAAUUGAUUAGGGGAAUUGAAGUCUGCAACUUUUUCGUCUAUAUUUAAGUUUGCAUGGCAUUUUUUAAACAUUAAUAUUUGCAUCACAAGCUAGAAUAUUCUGCAAAUAAUGAGGAAUCUCCAAUCAGGAUUGAAUUUGCCGUGCAAAGUCUCGAAUUUGUGGUUCAAUGUCUCAAAUUUGAGGUGCAAAUAGACAAAUAGUGAUGGUUCAGAAAUGGGGUGCAAACGUUAAUGGUACAAAAAUGGGAUGAGAACUUAAAUAAAGAUGGAAAUGUGGGGUGGCAAACACCAAUCCCCUCAAUUGAUUAUGACAGUACUGUAUUAAACUAUACAACUUUUAUUGAUUACACAAGCUGUCUAUACAAUUGCACCCUGGUUACUUUAUCUAUUAGUUAAAAUUUGUUAUGCUUGUAAAUGCUGAUGUUUUCAUGUAAUUGUAGUGUCUAGAGUGUUGGGGUUGAGCAAUUCAUACUCGUUCAUUAUGAUUUUUUUGUUUUCUCUUCCUUAGGUAGUCAAUGGCGUAAAUGGCGAUCGCCAUUUCUCGCCUUUGGCGAUUCAGGGGGUCUUCGCCACAAAUUUUGGCUAUGGCGCAGGGGUUACCUGUUGCGCUGCCAAAUGUGCGCUAUCGCCUCGCUCUCGCCAUUUUGCGCCAAAUAAUGGCGCUAUCGCACGCGUCUGGGUCGCGACUUCGGUUUGAUGGUCGCAGUCGCUGUAGUUGGUUGCCGUCGUAGUCACUGUACCUGGUCGCCGUCGCAGUCGCUGUACCUGGUCGCCGUCGCUGUAGCUGGUCGCGUGGCUGUUGAUUGUUGCUGAAAUUGGUCGCCGACUCUAAUCGCUUGUCAUCCACGCAGACUGCUUGCUUCGUGGUUUUAGUUCUCCUUUUGAGAUUGAAGUCUGGCAAAAUUACUUAAAAGCCUUUCUCUAAAACCCGUUCUCUUUUUUUUGGUAAAGUUAAAAGCAGACAAGCAGUUCUCUAUUUCUCUUUGUUUUUCACAUGCUCUCAUUUUUUGUGUGCCAGUUGACUGGAAGGUUGGACCAUAUCAGUUAUUUAAUUUAAUUUGGAAUAUUUUUUGGUGCUAUUUUGACAAUUUAAAAAUUUAACUCUUUAAUUGGUGUAUAAGUCAUACACGUAUAUUGUGUAUAGGUAAUGUUUAAAUUUUUUUGAUGUUGUGUUUUACUGGUGCGCCAUUUUAACGCCAUUUUAGCGCCAUCGCCAUCGCCGUGUGAAUUUACCCCUGCGCCAUUCCGGUCGCCGUGCGCCGUGACUACUAUGCUUAGGUCCCAAAUCAUUUGAUAAAAAUAAAACUAUUACUCUGUCCGUCCAAAAAAAUAUGUUCAGAAGUGUGUCGGAAACUCAGAAACUUCGAAUUCCUGUUUUGGGCUGUUUCUGUGAUUGAAACGCCCAUAUCCCUAAAUACCGAGGCAAGCAUAGCUAAGUGUGGAACUGUUCGUACCAUAGAUGUGUAGAAAACACUUUGUAACAAGGCUGGGGACAAUUCUCUUAAAAGUUUAUUUGAUGUUGUACACCGAAGAUGAUAUUGUUAAUAUUAUUAUAGAUCUUGUCCCAUAUUGACUAAACAAAAUGCAAGAAGCUAACAUAUAACGUUACGAGUUACUUCUGUUAGGUUGAUGUUUUAGAAUGGAACCUCUUAACUAUAAAUUUCAAUACACAGUGUUGAUGCUGAUUUUGUUAUUGAUGAAGUUUUGUGGUUUUUUAAUCUGGUCAAGCACAACUUUGAAUAUAUCGAGCAACUUGUAUAAGAAAGAAGAUACUGAUUUUUUAGAACUCCCAGCCCACCCCAUAUUCAAUUAUUGGGUCCGUCACCGGAAAAAAGGAAAAUCAGUGGCAGAGCACAAACAUCUUGCGUGUAAGCGCAGAGUUACCCUGGACGGGACAUCUAGAGGAGCUAAGGUUGAUGAUACUGAUAGUUUGAGAGCUGAGACAUCAAACAGACAGUAUAGUUUAGUAGAUACCCCUGAGGUCAAUAUUGCACAAGAAGAACUUGUGAAAAGUUCCUUGGGUUUACAAGCUGUUGUCAUGGAUCCACUCCCAAAUGCUCUACUCGUUGCUGCAAAUAUUGAUAAUCAACCUUCGCAAAAAAAUCGUAAUACCACUACUCCUGUGGUUAGUUGCUUUGGCGGUGUUAUUCAAACAAGUGAGAGAAAUAUCAGUAACCAGAACAGCCCACGUCAGGUUAACCCGUCCAAGCAAAGGUUGAUGGAGCGGAACAGUACGGCCAAUGUAUUUGAGUGGGAUGAUAGUGUAAAUGGCUCGUAUGAAGGAUCACCCAGAUGUGAAAAGAGACCUAAGUUACCAAGUGUAGAAAAAAAGGAUGUUUCCCCUUUGCAGGAGUAUCAAAUGAAAAAUUUGAAAAAGAGGAGAAAAUUAAAAAAGUGGAGCUCAAUAGAAGAAGACACAUUGAGGACAGGUGUUCAAAAGUUUGGACGGGGAAAUUGGAAACUCAUUCUACAAGCUUAUGGAGACAUUUUUGAAGAAAGGACAGAGGUUGAUUUAAAGGACAAGUGGAGGAAUAUGACGCGAUAGGGAUGUUCUCUGGGAUAUUCUUUAUAUGAAUAAUAGAUUGUGUACCAGCAUUUUAUUCCAAGAUGAUGAUUGGUUCAACUCGUGGCACCAAUCCUGUUGGGGAAAUGGCUGAUCGAUUGUAAAGUUGUAAGCCAUUUAUGGGCCGUAGUUUGAUCCGGUUUGGCUGGUUGACUGGCUAAAACGGGCGUUGGUAAUGCAGCUGCAUUGACAUAGCCUUUCCAUAAAAAAAUUUGUUCUGCCAGACGCUGCAAGUAAAUGCAUUUUUGUUACUCCAAAUUUGAUAGAUGUAAUAUUAUACUCUCUAUCCUGCGAUAGGUGACAUUCUAGAUAUUUUACGUAGAUUCAUUAUGUAAAUUACUCAAAUAAUAAGAAACUUUUCAAAAAGGAAUGUGUCAACUGUCAAUUACUGCAGAACAAGAGAGUAUUUAUCAAAAAAGAAAAGUAUCAAGCGUUCAAGUAAAUGGAGAGUGAGGC